AUGCCGCGCAUUCGCUCAUUUAUGAAUGUGCUCUUCCUUUUUGCUUUCCUACCUACCGUGACUGUGAUUGCGGAUACUGAAUCAGAUUCUGCUGUGGCGGAACCUCCAGCUAGAGUGGGAAAUUCAGCCACUGGUCCUGACACGGCAGUAGAUGCACGGGAGCCAGCAGCAAAUGAGGAUGCGGGAGAUGCAACUGCUGAUGACGGAGGACCAGGCGAGGAAGGAGCUGAGCUCGAGGAGGACGAAGAAAAUGGACAAGGAACUGACGAAGAUUAUAGCCCAGAUUAUAGCUCGUACGGUGUCGCAUACUACUUCUCAGGAAAUGACGAUCUGACGCAACGCGUUUUGGAAAAUCUGAUGCCCAAACUUCAGCGGAAAGUGUUUUUGCAACCUGAACCCUUCUACGUCGAUGUGGUCAGAGUCUCCACCAAUGGUUCUGGUUCCGGAAAUUAUAUAUACACGGCAAAAGGAGCGAUAAAAAGGGAAGGUACCAUAGCAGCUGAUGCAACAAUUUUGACAUGCAACUUCGACCCCAUGUACGUUCGCUUGUUUUCUAUUAUGAAAUAG